UCCGGUUGAGCCGUGGGUGGAUAGCCAUUCCCUAUUUACCUUCUCCUUCGCCGAGAAUAUUGUCGUGCCAGUUUACUGAGCGGCUACAUGGACGACUAUUAUUCGCUGUUUUGGGGGUAGCGUCUGUUGUUUCUUCUCGACGUGUGGGCGAAAGAAAAACCACGCAGAUACCGGGGAUAUCCCCUGCUUGUUUGGCCGAACGAGAGACCGAACGUCGUUUUCCCAGGCUAAGCUAACAGCAGCACGGCGUAACGGGUGGGGGUGGAUUUCUGUAUUUCGGCCCUCCGCAAGCAAAAAUAAAUAACGUCCCAGGAGUAUGUUGUGAAACAAUGACAUACAUAGGAAGCAGAGCUAGUGGAGGAGAGCUUCUUGGAGGGGAAGAAAUGUCAGCGGAUGAGUAUCGGUUGAACGAUCAAUAAAGAGGUGUAAAGUAUUUGAGGUAAGCAGAGCUAGUCGGUUAGCUAAAUUGAUCAAGGAAGUUGACUAGCCACCUUGCUAACUCGGCGACAAAUGUAUUACUGGACCAAGGGUCGUCUCAAACGUCUGAGUUAUUAAUAGAGUUAGAGAUUCCUAUAACGGACAGGUGAUGCUAUUUUUGAAAGCCGAAGUUUAGAAAGUCACGAAUUGCUGUGGGCUUUUUAACCAAAACGCUAGCUAGCUGGUUUACCUUUAGCUAGGAAGUCGGAGCUUGUAAACAAAAGGUCCCGAGCACCACCAGCCCAUAGCCACGUUCAUUUACACCUUGAGUUAUCGCUGACCGAUUGUUCCACGGACGCCAUUGUCUCUUUAUUUAACGUUAACAGUAAAAGUAACUCACAGAUAUGGAUUUAAAGACAGCGGUUUUUAACGCAGCCAGGGACGGUAAGCUCCGUCUGCUUCAGAAACUGUUGGAGAACAAAGAUGGACACGAGGUGACCAAGUUGAUGGGCGAGAAGACAAACGGGGCCACCCCGCUCCUGAUGGCCUCCCGGUACGGCCACCUGGACCUGGUAGAGUAUCUGCUGGAGUGCUGCAGCGCUCCUGUUGAGGUCGGUGGGUCAGUGAACUUUGACGGGGAGACCAUCGAAGGAGCGCCCCCUCUCUGGGCCGCCUCGGCGGCAGGUCACCUGAAGGUGGUCCAGUCCCUGCUGGGCCACGGAGCAUCUGUCAACAGCACGACCCUCACCAACUCUACACCCCUGAGGGCAGCCUGCUUUGAUGGUCACCUGGACAUUGUGAAAUACUUGGUGGAGCACAAAGCUGACCUGGAGGUGGCCAACAGACACGGCCACACGUGUCUUAUGAUUUCCUGCUACAAGGGACACAAGGAUAUAGCGCAGUACUUGCUGGAGAAAGGUGCAGAUGUCAACAGGAAAAGUGUAAAAGGCAACACAGCACUUCAUGACUGUGCAGAAUCGGGCAGUCUAGAGAUCAUGCGGAUGUUACUGCAGUAUGGAGCGUCCAUGGAGCAGGACGGCUAUGGCAUGACCCCCCUACUCUCUGCCAGCGUCACAGGCCACACUAACAUCGUAGAUGAUCUGACAACACACCAGCAGACAAGCCACAUGGAACGUGUUGAUGCCCUGGAGCUCUUGGGAGCCACAUUUGUUGACAAGAAGAGAGAUCUGCUAGGAGCUUUAAAAUACUGGAAGAGAGCCAUGGAUCUCAGGUAUAUGGACAGUAACAACAUUGUCCAUAAACCAGAACCCAAGCAGCUGAUCAUGGCUUAUGACUACGCCAGGGAGGUGACAAAUGGAGAAGAGCUGGAUGGGCUGAUAUCUGACCCGGAUGAGAUGCGCAUGCAGGCACUGCUCAUCCGUGAGAGAAUCCUUGGCCCACAACAUCCAGACACGUCUUACUAUAUCCGUUACAGAGGCGCUGUCUACGCCGACUCUGGGAACUUCGAGCGCUGUAUCAAUCUGUGGAAGUAUGCACUGGACAUGCAGCAGAGCAACCUGGACCCCCUCAGCCCCAUGACCGCCUCCAGCCUGCUAUCGUUCGCUGAGCUCUUCUCCUUCAUGCUGCAGGACAGGGCCAAGGGCCUCCUGGGGACAUCUGUGUCAUUUGAGGACUUGAUGGGGAUUCUUUCCAAGAGUGUGUUGGAGAUUGAGCGGGCAGUUAAACAAAGUGGGCCGAUGCCUCCUGACCCUGCCCAGCUCAGCAAGGCCCUGUCAAUCAUCCUGCACCUAAUUUGUCUUCUAGAGAAGGUGCCAUGUACUGCGGAGCAGGACCACUUCAAGAAGGAAACCAUCUAUAGAUUCCUGAAGCUCCAGCCAUGUGGUAAGAAUGGCUACAGUCCACUACACCUGGCAGUUGACCGCAACACCACCUGUGUGGGCCGCUAUCCUGUCUGCAAGUUCCCAUCCCUCACAGUCGCUUCCAUCCUCCUCGAGUGUGGGGCAGAUGUUAACAGCCGCGAUGAAGAUGACAACAGUCCCCUUCACAUCGCCGCAUCCAAUGGUCACCCCGACAUCAUGAACCUGCUGAUUUCAUGCGGGACUCACUUUGACAGCACGAAUGCCUUCCAGCAAACGGCCUGCGACCUCCUGGACGAGAAGGAGCUGUCUAGGAAUGUGAUCCAGCCCAUAAACCACACCACGCUGCAGUGCCUAGCCGCCAGGGCUAUCAUCAAGCACAGCCUCGACUACCGGGGAAACAUCCCAGAGAAACUAGAGGCCUUCGUCUUGCUCCACAGAUAAUGAUCAUGAAGAAGUGGAGGGGAGUGGAUGGAUGGAUGAAAAGAGAAGGUGCGAUUACAUCAAGUGGACUAGUCAGACUGAGGAGGUCAACGCCUGACCCACAAGGUGUUUGAGGUGCUGAAAGACACAAUUUUGUGGGUUUGGCUUGCAAUCCAAACACAAUUUGAAGAUUAUGAAGUUGAAGAUAUGUGUGAACAAAAUGUCCUCAUGCAACCAGGAUAAACUGAUAAAUGACUGGAGUAAAUGGAGGAAUGAGCUACUAUUUUCUUCCUGUGUUUGCUCUUUCAUUGAGCCACAGCUCUGACUGGUCACAGCUCGAUCUGUGGGGAUAUAUUAGGAGUGGAUUGCAACAUGGACAAACACAGUUUGUAUGUCUGGAUGAACUGAGCAAGGGGUUUACGUAUUUUUGCUUUCUUUUUUUCUUUUUUUUUUUUGCAUAUUCCACUAUGCUAUUUAUUGAAUGAAACUUGAGAGAUUUUUCUCCAUGCUGGCUCCAACCCAGCCUCAACUUUGCCUGCUUCUCUGUUCUCAAAGCAAGGAUUGAGGCAUUUCUACAUAUGCUGGGACUUCAGGUUAUUUUUUGUUUGUCCCAUCACUGUUGCCAACAGUCAUGGACCCUUCCUCAGUCAUCAUUAGGUUACUCUUUUUUUUGUACUUUUACAAUACAUUUAGUUUUUGUCAUGCAAAUCUGGAUAUCUGCCAAGGUGUGUGGAUUCUAGACUCAUUUGUCUUUCCCACUUUAGUGUAUAACAAAGCUUUACAAGAAGGGUUUAAUGUCUGCGAACACCAUAAGUGCUUUAUUCUUCCUAUGCACAGGCUAGGCUGUUGGAAAGAGAGACUGUUGUAUUCUGUGCCGGCACUUGUCUGUGCAAUAUCUCAUGAGUUUGUGUUUACCUCAUUGCUGCCGUUUGCUUCAGUGUCCCUUACUUCGCUCAGAAGGGGGGAUGCAAAACCAUUGUACUGAUUGUUGUAAGAAGGGUGAAUGAAUUUGAGUGAUUGUGUUUGUAUGUGUGAAAGAGUGACUGCCACACAGGUGUUCCUUGUAUGCAGAGUGUUUUUUUUUUUUUUUUUUUGGUUUUUUUUUGAGCUUACACAAAUUGAAGACAAGAGUUUGGUGAGGUGGCGCUCAUGGAGAUUCCAUAAUGCACAUGACUGCCACUAAAAACCACAGUGGCCAAACUAACUGUCUACAGCCGCUGGAGCGUGCAGGUACACAGAAGUGACCUCUGGACGUUCGUACAUGGACGACCUUUAAAGGUAUAUUUUAUGCAGGAUUUUCCCCAGAAACAAUGAAUAGAUUCAUACAAAAGUAAUCCCUCUGAAGUGUGUGAUAGUGUAUUCAUCUGCAGAGACCCUACCCUCUGCCUGUAUUUUCUUUCUGGGCUUCAACCUUUUGGCAGUGGGUGUCUAGCCCCCAGCUAAUAACAGCGCACGGAUGAGGUCAGGACUUGAUAAAAAGGUAGCUAGUAGUUGACAGACCGGAAGCAGCAUGCUACACAUCCAAGAGGAAGCUACAAAAAUGGUGGACACGGCGCAGAAUUAUUAUUAUUAUUUUUUUUUUACAACAAAGAUAAAGUUUCUACAGCAGUUGCUUGCAGCAUACAUACAAGCAGUGCACUUUUGGUGGCGUUGAGCCCACGAGGAGGGGCCAAGUUUGGAUGUUUUGUUUACAGACAGUAACUGACAAUUCCUGCAUAGUAUACCUUUAAAUGCUGUCGAUCUUUUCAUGAGUAACUUACCAACAUUGGCCCACUGUGCAUGUGCAGCAGCAGCAUAUCAACCAACCAGUCACUGCAGAAAACCUGUCACAAGAACUCCUAGACUCCAAACUAGACUACAGCUAGGGUAGUUCUGCUCAUUUUGUACAACCUUCGUCCAAUUGUAUGAGAACUGAAGACACAAACGAGUGGGAGGACGCCGCAACAUACAGAAUCGUAAAGCUUGUGAAUUAUCUUGUUUGCACAUUAGCUUUAGAUGUGUGGGUUGGAAAAAAAAGGGCUUUUCAUAAUUUGUAGGUUUCAUAUUGCAGUCUAUUAAAUCUGACAGUUCAAAAGCAGACAUAGAAAAUGUAUGAGGACUCCCAGGGCAACUUGAUUUGAAUCUGCACUUUACUACAGUGGAGUUUAUGAUUUGAUAUGGCAUUAAUCAAGUUCAUGUCUUAAUAACCAGUUUGACAAUAAACCCAUGUUG